ACUGCCGGGAAGAUAAUGGUCAGUUUUUCCGUGGUGUGCCGUGAAGGAAGUGGUCUAGCGAUGAAAGAACGAGAACUUUGGGCAACUUUCGCCCUGUUGUUGGUAGUAGGAGCCGCCAACGGUCUACCAAGUACCUGUGAGGAUCGGCCGAAUUUCUCGUUCGUGAAGGAUUCAGAGUAUUGCUACCGAUACUACAUAUGCAUCUAUGGAUCGCCUUAUCCGAUGCGCUGCUCUGGAGAGCUAUGGUUCGACGAAGAAACGCAGAGUUGUCGAAGUCCUUCGGUGGUAACAUGUGAAGUCGACGGUGAAAUUUCAACUCCCGCUCCUAUUCCGGGAAUUUGCGAUGAUGCGGGUAAUGGAGAACUAGUGUUACAUCCGUACUUCUGCAACACCUACUACAUCUGCAGUGGACAGAUCGGGGUUCCUGUAGUUUGUCCCACUGGAAUGUGGUUCGAUGCGGAGCGCCAGAUGUGUGCUGAUCCUUUGGACGCCAGCUGUCCACAUGGUCCUGGUGCCGCAAAAUGCCAAGUGGAGGAAGAUUUUGCUCUGGUGCCCAGUGAGGAAUACUGUUACCGAUACUAUCAGUGCUUGAGUGGUUUUCCGUACCCAAUGGUUUGUCCAGAUAACCAAUGGUUCGAUCCCAUUAGAGAUGUUUGCGAUGACCGUGCGAAUGUUGAGUGCAUUCUUGAACCUGGAGAGCCGACAGUUCCGCCAACUCCGUAUAUCUGUUACAACACUGUGGAUAAUCGUCUAACUCCGAACCCAACCGCUUGCAAUAAGUACUACAUUUGUGUUAACCAGAUUGGAUGGUCUAGGAUUUGCCCGCUGAACAUGUGGUUCGACGAAGAGGGACAGACAUGCGUCCCAGCAGGUACCGUUGAUUGUCCUCUGGGUCCUCCGAUUCCUCCGGAGACUACGACUACUCCAUUCAGCCGUUGCGAUGACGUACCGAAUCUUCAAUUUGUCGCAAGCUACGACAACUGCUACGAAUAUUAUCAGUGUCGUAAUGGCAAUCCGUACCCGUUGACCUGUCCACGUGAUCAGUUGUUUUCGGAGGAGAUGCAACGUUGCGUUGAUCAGGACGCUUUCGAAUGCGAGAUCGAGCAUCUGCCGCCACCAGUAACUCCAACUCCCGGAAUCUGUACCGAUGUUGCUGAUGGUGUACUCGUUUUGCAUCCACAAUACUGCAAUCGGUAUUAUCUUUGUGUGAAUCAAGUCGGUAUUGCAACCACCUGCCCAUUGGGUCAAUGGUUCAACGAGCUGAGUCAGACUUGUAGUAACGCAUUGAACGUCGACUGCCCGCAUGGUCCAACAACGCCACCUCCCGAUCCCUUCGCCAUCUGCGACGGAGUGUUCGAUUAUCGGUUUGUCAAGAAUGAACACUACUGCUAUCGGUACUUCCAGUGCAUCGGCGGUACUCCCUAUCCGCUGGUGUGCCACGAUGGAAUGUGGUUCGAUGAGGUCAGACAGAGAUGCGAUCGCUCGGAGUACGUUGAGUGUGAUGCACUACCUCCGCCAGAUGUUCGACCUCCCGAUGUCGAUGGAAUUUGUAACGAUGUUCAAGAUGGUCACCUGGCACCUCACCAUACGUUCUGCAACGAGUUCUUCCUGUGCGUCCGGGAAGUAGGAUGGCCGUUGAUUUGCCCGCUUGGAUUGUGGUUCGACGAAGCAGAACAGACUUGUUCAAUAGGUGGAACCGUCCCGUGCGAUCUAGGUCCCGAACGACCUGCGGUCACCGAAAGUCCGUACGCCAUGUGCACAGGAAUCCCGAAUAUGGCUUACGUGCGUGAUCCGGACUACUGCUAUCGGUACUUCAAAUGCGUCAGUGGUUCUCCAUUCCCGAUGAUCUGCCCUAACGAACAGUGGUUCGAUGAACGUCAGCAACGUUGCAGAGAUUCCUCCGAGGUGGAGUGUGUCAUAGAAGAUGAAUCGCCUCGACCACCGCCAACGGCAGGAGUUUGCAAUGGAGUGUCCAACGGCAUCCAAGUGCCCAACCCGAGGGCGUGCAAUCAGUUCUAUGUAUGCGCUAACGAUGUUGGAUUCUCGCAAGUCUGCGGAUUCGGACUAUGGUUCGAUGAAGAUCAGCAGGCCUGUCUACCACCGGGCGAAGCGUAUUGUGACCUUGGACCUCCUACUACGACAACCAUUGCUCCACAUCCCUGGGCUCUGUGUGAUGAUGUUCCGAAUUACUCUUAUGUACCGAGUCCCAACUAUUGCUAUCGAUUCUUCCAAUGUAUUGAUGGUGCCCCAUUCCCGAUGAUCUGCCGUGGCAAUUUGUGGUUCGAUUCGGUGAGUCAAACUUGCAUGGAUCCAGAAGAAGUGACAUGUUUGGUGAGCCCAAAUCCGCCAGUGGUGCCUCCGACUCCAGGAAUUUGUAUCGGUGUAGCGGAUGGCCGCCAAGUUCUGAAUCCUCGUGCCUGCAACCAGUUCUAUGUUUGUGUUGACGGAGUAGGCUACUCACUAGUGUGUCCUGAUAACAUGUGGUUCGAUGAGUUCCAUCAGGUCUGUCAAACACCUUCGCAAACGUACUGUCCCUUGGCUCCACAGGUUACCACUCCUUCGCCUUACGAACGCUGUGCUGGCGAAGAGGACAACCGACUGUUGCGGAACGAUUUCUACUGUUACCGAUACUACCAGUGCGUUGAUGAAGUGGCCUAUCCGAUGAUCUGCCGUCCUGGUCGUUGGUUUGAUCUAGAGCGGCAAGUGUGUGAUGUUACUCAAAACGUGGUAUGCGAAUUGCGUCCAGGUAAUCCAGGGCCAAUCAUUUCAACGCCGGGUAUUUGCGAAGGUGUGGCAGAUGGGCGGUUCGAGCGAAACUGGAACUACUGUAAUCAGUACUACCUUUGCGUGGAUGGAGAAGGUUACGGUCAAAUCUGUCCCGAUGGGUUAUGGUUCGACGAACCGCGACAGAUUUGUGAUCUAUCGGAAAACGUGUACUGUCCACUGGGGGCAUCCACGCCAGCUCCAACUACUGAAACCCGCUGCUACGGCAGGGAGGAUCUCUCGCGGUUUGAAAACGAUGAUUACUGCUACCGCUUCUUCCAAUGCAAGAAUGGCGUACCAUAUCCAAUGAUUUGCAGUGGUGAACUGUGGUUCGCCGAAGAUCGUCAACAAUGUGUGCCACAAACCGAAGUGGAGUGUGAAGGUGCUGAUCGUAUACCGGAUGUUCCACCAACGGAAGGCAUUUGUACUGGCGUCGCCAACGGACGUCAGGUUUCACAUCCUCUGUUCUGCAACCAGUUCUACGUGUGCAUUGAACAGGUUGGCUUCCCUCAGAUUUGUCCGUUUGGCUUGUGGUUCGAUGUAGAUCAUCAGAGCUGUGUAGCACCCGAUCUGGUGGAGUGUCCUCAUGGACUGCGUCCGACUCCUUCGCCAAUUGAAGGCAUCUGCUAUGGAGCCGCCUCGGGAACUAAGGUGCCGAACCCGGAGGAUUGCACAUGGUUCUACAUUUGCAUCCAGGAGCAGCCCUAUGCCUCACCGUGUGCCGAAGGAAUGGCAUUCGAUAAGGUUCUGCUGACAUGCGUCCCGGAAGCGGACGCCGAGUGUGCUGAUACUGUAACUACAUUACCAACUCCUGGGGUGUGCCACGGAAUAGACGAUUUUACGCUGGUGAGGAGUCCCUAUGAUUGUGCGGCGUACUACGUGUGUCUCGAAGGUCAUGCACAGCCUGGUUUCUGUCCACUCGGGCAGUACUUCGAUGAAGCGCUGCAGCGAUGCGAACUAGAGCAGUAUGUGGAAUGUUGGAUAGAAAUUCCUAUCAGAUCGGUAUGAACAUGAUUUUAUUUGAAUAUGCUAAUGAUUAAAUAAACUAAUAGGUUAAAGUGAA